GGUUCAGUUCAUAUGUCUCUCGCAGGUCUAUAAAAGGCGGGCACUGAGGCAUCAGUGACAUUAAAUUUUUAGAGUUGGUUGUAUCUUGAGUAAAGAAAUAUGCAGUACCUGGGUCAACCAAAAUCAGACGUGGCUAUCGCGAAAUAUGCUGUUGCGUUAAUGAUUUUGAUUCGAAUAUUGCUGUACUUGUUUAGGCAAUUCCGAAUUCGGAUCAGGAAGAACGAAAACAACAGGAUGGACCCACCGUCAGCGCCAUGGAUUCCCAUUGUCGGUAGUCUCCCGUUUAUGGGGCGAUAUCCAGAACGAGUUAUAGCGGACUGGGGUCGAAAUAGAGGCUAUGGGUCAGUAUUUCGCGUUCGAUUCGGAACAAUGAACGCUGUUGUGCUGAACGAUCUCAGCUCAAUUCAUGAAGCCUACGUUAAAAACGGCCAUCGUAUGAGCGGAAGAAUUCAGACGUCCCUAAUUCAAGAAAUGACAAAUGGCAAUGGACUGAUUUUCCUAGAUUAUGGUGACAAAUGGCGCAGUAUGAGGAAGUUUGGUCACUCAGCCUUCAAAUCAAUCAGUGCCAAUGAACACCUAAAUGAGAUAAUUGCAGAAGAGUCACAAAUGUUGGUUGCGGCUUUAGCGAAACAAUUGAACAAUCCAGAGUCUACCGACGAAUAUCUCUGUGGCAACUACAAGAGAGCACACCCACCACAAUCCCUGAAAUCACGAUAUGAUCUCAACAACAACGCCGGAGAAUGGAAGCUACUAGAUCCAGAGGAGUUCAUGCACAAAGCAACCGGUAACGUCAUGUGUAAUCUUUUAUUUGGAAGAAGCUUCAGAAAGGACGAAGAAGAUUACAAUGCUGUACUCGAAGAGACGCCCAUUCAAGCUAGAAAGAGCGCAAGUGUAUUCAUGCUUGUUUUUCUUGUACCUGCACUUCGAGGUAUGCCUUACGUAAAAGACGUGAUUGAUGAGGCCCUGUGUUUCCGUAAAGACACAUUCAAAAUGAUAAAAGAAGUUGUGGACCAACAUAUAUCAGAUUUCACCGAGCUGAAACCAGAGUCUGAUUUUGUGGAUUGUUUUAUCAACGAAAUGAAAAACGUUGACAGGGAAGACGCAAAUGAAAAUUCCUUUUUUACCUAUGAUCAACUUUUAACUUAUGUAUUUGAUAUUUUCACUGCUGGUGCUGAAACAACGGCAGAUACAUUAUUGUGGGGCUUGUUAUACCUUUCUCGAGAUCUUAAAUUACAAGCUGAGCUCAGGAAAGAAAUAAUAAAUAUCGGCGGGACUAAUUUUUUCCCAUCGGUAAAUCAUAUGUCAAAAAUGCACCUUUUAAAAGCUACAAUUCAAGAGAUCUUGAGAAUUCGCCCCAUAAAUACAUUUGGGAUGCCCCGAACCGCCACUGAACGAUGUACCAUUAAUGGUUAUGAUGUUCCCAAAGGAUCAGUGGUGCUUCCGAAUGUAUGGAGCGUUCACCACGACCCGGAAGUAUUUCCUGAACCAGAAGUGUUUGACGUUCGUCGUCAUAUAAAUGAAUUUGGUGAAUUUGUACCAUCGAAAUCCGUAGUAGGCUUUUCGGUUGGCCCAAGACAAUGCAUUGGUAAACGUAUCGCUGAUAUCGAUAUCUUUUUCAUUCUAUCAUCAAUAAUUCGAAAUUUUGAAUUUCGAUUGCCUAAAGUUUGGCAAAAUAGCACGAAGAGUUUUGUAUAUAGAGAAUUGGAUAUGAAAGGCAAAAACGGUCACGUAUUAUUAGCGCCUGAAUACGAUCUCGAAUGGAGACGAAUAGAGUAACUAAAGUAUGAUUUUUUUAGUUAUUAUUACUGUUUCAAAUAUAUAUUACUCAUCAGUGUUCUUUUUUUAUACAAAGAUAAUAAUAAAAAUUUAUAUGAAAAA